CAAAGAGGCACAAUUUUCUAAAAUGGAGAGGAUAGACUGCAAAACUAUAUACAAAAACGAGCUCAAAAAGACUCAAAUCAAAAGAAUUAAUGCUCUGAAGUUGUUCACUUACUCUAAGGUUAAAAGCCUCUAUCAGAAAUAGAACCCAAGAGCCAAAAUUGACUAACAAAAUCCAUUAUACAACUAUUGCAGAUAUUUUAAACGGGGAAAGAGAGCCUGAAAAUAUAUCAAAAAGAUCCCAAAAGCCCAGCAUGAUCUCACCAGAGGAUAGAGCUGACAAAGAUCACACCUUUGUCAACAUUCAUGCAACAAAUCCGAAGAUAAAGUACAAGACGUUUGUAAAUAUCGGGGAUGAUUGCCUCUUCAUGGCCCAGAAGACACCUGACUUUUUCCUCAUCAGAGACCCUGAAUCUCGUGAUAAAGUUAUUCAUGAGCACCAAGAAGAUCUCAAAAAUGAUCCUAUCGAGGAGCAGAAGAAGGCAUGUAGGCAAGCAGCAGAUUUGAUCCAGAGAGAAGAUGAGACCAUUCUUAAGCCGAUCCUUCGUAAACUUCUUGAAACCCAGAAGAGCAAGAACAAGAUUCUUAAGAUCUUAGAAGAAAUGAUCCAGAAGGAAAACAAGAGAUAUGGCCACUAUAAAGAAGGAGAGAAGAGGUUCAGGCUUAGCAAAAAUAGCAUCACUGACCUUAAAGAGAUGCUGAUUGAAAUACAGGAGGACAUACUCGCUGAGAAGAACCAUAAUGAAGCUAAAGAAAAAAUCACAGAGUCUACUUACAGAUGUUUUAAAGAGUGUCUCUGUCCUGUCUGCUUCACUUUUGCGUGUCCUUUCCACACUCCUAUUGAAAGACAGGAUGGAAAUGAUGAUGGCCAGGAAUUAGAAGAAAUGCCCUAUAACCCAUUCAUCCUCGAAGAGAGUAACAAGAGAAUCAAGAUUUAUGCAGACAGAAAGCUUACUUUUGAAGAAGAGAUCCUAUUACAAGAAAACAAAACUUUCUUCAACAUCUCCGAAAGGCUAAAGAUGCAAAAAUAGAGAGGAAAAUCCAUAUAAUUUCAAAUGCAUGAAUCAGAAAAGUUGAGCUUUCGCACAGGGUUCAAGAUUUGUUAAAGUAAACUUCACUCCUGAAGAGAGGACUGCCAUUGAUAGACUCUCUAUUGGAAUGCAUUCACUCAAAAGUUGCCAAAUAAACUACCUCCUAGGAUUAGAUAAAUGAGCUCAGAUUAACAAUUAUCUUAUCUCGAAUGGCAAGUUUAUCAAAGCUCGUCGUGAGAAGGAAGAACAGAGAAUAAAUAUCGAAGACUACCUUGACAAAUGUGCGUACCAGAUCCAAAUAGCUCCAGCUCCUAGCCAGAGAGGUAGGUCAAGAAGCAGCAGAAGAAAGAGGCAAAAGAGACAAUCGAAAGAACUAUUCGAUGAUACUAUGAAAGCUGAAUGCAUCAAUCCAUGUCAUCAUGAUGGAGCCUGCUCAAAAGAUAAUGGGUGUGAGUGAAUGGAAAAUAAUAGAUACUGUGAGAAAUACUGUCACUGCAGCAGUUAUUGCAAUAAGAGAUUCCCUGGAUGUACCUGUCUUCCUGGUUCAUGAGGGCCAAGCUCUUGUAUCUGUGUGAAGAACAAUAGAGAAUGAGACCCUGAAAUCUGUAAAUCCUGUGUAUGUGAUAUCCAAACUAGCAUUCUCUUGCUAAAUGGAAGAGCACUCCCUGCUCUAAGUAAUUUAUGUAGAAACAAUGACAUGAUUACUAGAAGAGAGAGAAAAUUAUUUGUUGGAAAAUCUAAAAUCUGCCCUGGCUUGGGUCUCUUCUCUGGUGAAAUAAUAGAACCCCAAGAAUAUAUCUGCUUAUAUUCAGGAGAAAUCCUUACUGACAGAGAUAGCGAGGAUAGAGGAGUUAUCCAGGAUGCGAUAGAAGAGACCUAUCUGUUCACUCUCAACAGCAAAUAUGCUGUUGAUGCUUCCAAAGUUGGAAACAUAAUGAGAUAUGCUAACCACUCAGUUGGUCCUUUCAUCAAUGCCAAUCCGAAAGUAAUCACCUAUGUCAACGGGGACCAGAAGGUUGGCCUCUACUCAACAAGAAGAAUAGAGAUUGGUCAGGAAAUCUUGUUUGAUUACAAUUUCAAGAAGGAAUUCAAGUGGAUAGAAGAGUACAAGAAGAAGUUCUUAGUUAAUUCUUAAAGGAAAAUUUGUCUUAGUCCAAA